GGGGAGCUCAGCCAGCCUAGCAGCUCGCACUUCGCAGGUCAGGCACAGUUCGGGUUUUGCUUUCGCCGUGGUCACACGCGUUCGUCUUGGUCGUCGUCGUCGUCCUGGUACAGUGUCCAGCCAGAGAGUGUCGAGAAGGGUGCACCGCACCCCCAUCGAUUGCCCGCGGUCCGCGCCUAGCGCCCGUUCUCGUGUGCGUAGGUACCCACAAUAGCUAGCUGGCUGGGUGUGCAAGUGAGUGAGUUACCCUGGAUGCGUGAGUGCGUGCUCCCCAAAAACGCUAUCACAAAAGUGAUUGCUGCGUUCGGAUUGGGAGUCUUAUUUUGCUCGUUCGUUCGAUAUAGGCAAAUGUACCCCGUAGGUACAGGUAGAGCGCAGCAAAGUGUGUGCAAUGAUUGUUUGAAAAUGGUGCAGAACGAAGCAAUCACGGCGGAAAAAUGGCAACUUGAAGAUGGGGAAAAUGUGCUGGGAUAGUGAAUUGCGGGUUUCGUGAAAAAUAAGGAUAGAAUAAUCUCAUUUUAGGAUCGUGAGGGUUUCGUAGUGAAAAAAGUGAGCUUCUGGAGUGAAAAAAAAACGUGCCGAGCUAGAAAAAAUGAGUCCUGAAGGCUAAUGGGUUCCUGAGAAAAGAAAAAGUGAUUGAAUUGAUCGGAAUUGACGACGAUUAUACCGAUGAGUGUAGGAGAACCCAGGAGCUUUGGAAUGGCAAUAAUGCACUUGUUCGCCUAAUAGUAUUGGAAUUUUGCAGCUGCAAUCGAUCGAUGCCAUCGGAAAGAAAAAACGGAGAUGGGUAGCAUACAAUUUUAAAAAUAGUUCUAAGUGAAAUAAAGGAAAACGCGAAGCAAGUGUCGAAGCGCAAAUGAAGAACCACACUCACCAACUGUGAUGUGCGCGUAACAGCUAGAAAUUGCCAGUGUGUGAAAAUUCAGCGAAAACAAAAAAAAAUCUAAAAGUGACAACAAUUGUGUUCCAUUUGAAACACAAAAAAAAACGACAAACAAAGCCUAAUCCGUUUUAGUUGUAUAUUCAACUUCGUCGUCGUCGUCGUCGUCAAGCCGAACAACAUACAGUUAGUGAGUGACCUGUAGUGAGUGGGAUCCAAGCUGCGCUCGUCUCCUGUCGCGAGGAGCGAGUGCCCCCAAAUGGGUGGAAAAUCGCUCCCACCGUCGUCGUCGUCGCCGUCGCCGUUGUUACGUAACGAGAACACGCUGGUAGUCCAGUCCGGUCAAUGGAACACCACGACGACGAAGAAGAUUGUGAUGGAACUUGAAGAUGACAUUUCUUAUUCCUGAAUCUGCAUCGGGAAUCACGCAACGCUAUCCUCCUUCUGUUUAGUGUAGUAAAUCAACGUGGAAAUCCCUCUAGUACGAAGAAGUUCCCAGAACCAUUUCCAAGGAGCAGCGAAUCACGAAAACCCGCUCUGUAACUCUCUGGCGUGUGUGUGAAGAAAAAUAAGGUUGAAAACGACAGGAAGUGCUGCAGGUGCAGGUGCUGGCGUGCCGGAAAAGUGAUUUGUUUUCAACCUCAACCUUGAGUCUCGGCUCGGUUGGGGCUGGGGUUGUUGGGUGAGUGAGUGCGAGGAAGUUUUGUAACCUACCUACAUCUACAGUCAGUGCAGUGUGUGAGUGUGUGGCGUUCGACGAGAGUUCGUGUUGAUUCGAGACAUCCCUAAGAAAUCCGUACAAGCUGGCUGCACUCGCCGAUUACUUUGGAGAUAUUUUCCUUUCAUUAACCAAUAAGAAACAUACCGCUAGCAAGCAAAAGAAAAGCAAGAAAAGCAAACGCCACUCCUCGCAGAACAUGAGUACAGGCCCCGCACAAGUCGCCGUCGUCUUACCGAACAAUAACAACAACUGCAGCAACAGUAUCGGCAACAAAGCACCAUCCGUCUCCACCGGUAGUAGUGGCAUUGGCAGUGCUUCAGUAGUCACAGCAGCAGCACCACCACAACCACCUUCAUCAUCACCAUCAUCAUCCGCACCGAGCACCUCCACGAACACCACCACCAUCACAUCAACCAACUGGCAGUCUUGUCCGUCGUCACCAACCGAAUCGUCGUCGCCAUCGGCAACUUGCCAUAGUAGCACUAACAACAACAACGGUUGUAAUAUGGCAACCGUAGCGGCGGCGGCGGCGGCAUCAGCGGCAACGACAACGGCGGCAGUCAGUUCGGUUAUUGCGUCACCAGUGUCACCCGCGUUGUCUAGUAGUAGUACAAAUGCACAGAAGCAGGAGCUUACAACAUCGUUGGCGACGGGGUCAGCGACGGCAGUGGAUCAUCCAUCGAGCCAAGUGACAUCGGCGGCACCACCCACUUCAACGGCGACGUUGGCGGAUCCACUCAAUCGACCGACCAGCCUCGGCGGCAGACAACGGACUCUUGGCGGCAAAGGCAAGCAUUUAACCCGAAGUCACGCCAUGCGUGAGUCAACCUCCCCUCCCCGAACGCCCACACCGCGAUCACCUUCAGAUCAGCAGAACAACAACAGCAGUAGUAAUGGCUCUCCGAGUCAGCACCAGCAGAGCAUGCUGUCUAUCAACGCGACAUCGUCCGAGCCACCGUGUAUCAUCAGUAGUAGCAACUCGCACUCGCCAGUAUCGGAAUCUCGGCUGUUCAACAACAACAACAACAAUGACUACGGCAACAAACAGACUUGCAGCAAUUCGCCAAAUAUCGUUGUCUACGGGGGUGACGAACGAGGCGGGAAGAGUCAGCUGGAUCUAGACUUUCCCAAGCUCACACCCCCGAAGUCGUCGUACGGGCCCAAUGGGUCCAACGGCGGUAACAACGGCAAGAAUAGCAAUGGUAGAAACAAUGGUACCAAUAGUAACUCUAAGAGUGAUUCAGACAAACAAGGCAAAAAUGCCGACCUGGUAGACCAGCAGAAGGAACUGAAACAGCAGGCCGGCCCACUCAUGCUGGACUGCUGCGGCGAUCAGUCGGUUAAGACUGGUCUGGCCGUUUCAACGCCUGCCAUCAUCCCCAACAAUACGUCAUCAUCGUCGCCAGUAUCAUCAAAUAAUAACUAUUGUGAUAAUGAGAAUCGUAAUUUACGUGAGGUUAAUUUUAGUGCUAAUAGUAAUGAUUCUAACAAUCAGAUUAAUAUACAAUUUUCACAUGAGGAAAAUCGAUAUAUACAAUGUGAAAGUCCUACUGAUAGCCUUAUAAGAAAUAACAGUAGCUCUAAUGGUAAUCUAAAUAGUAGCGCUCAUAACAAUAAGAAGCACCGUGGUGCUGGAGGAAACGGUGGUGGUGGCGGCGGAGGCGCAGGUGGAGGAGGAGGUGGUGGAGGGAAUGGUAUUCCCGUCACAGGCAAGGGCAACAAGCCGCGGCUCAAAAAUAUGAGUGGCGGAUCGUCAUCGAGCAUGGAUGGCGGCGGAGGUUCAAUCGGAAGCGGUGGCUGCGGGGGAGGAAUGGGAGGAGGCGGUGGUGGAUCUUCGAGCUUUCUCUCACGGGACAAUUCGUGCGAGCAGUUUACCGACCAAAGUGGCGUCAACUUGAUUCAGUUUUUCAAGGAGACGCUGAACAAGAACUUCAAAGAUCGCAACAUGCUGAUGAAGAUCGAGAAGGAACUGCUUGCCCUGGCCAUGGAUCGUACCCGCAGCCAGAUCAAGUUUCCGCCAAUGUCUUCCUACAACCGGAUGUUGAUCCACCGGGUGGCGGCGUACUUCGGUAUGGAGCACAACGUGGAUGCCACCCAGCAAAGUGUGAUCGCCGAGGUCACUUCGGCCACACGAAUACCGGAGAUACGGUUCAAGACACUGAUCAACGAGAGCUUCUCCGAAGAACCGCGCAAGUCGAUACUGAAGCGGGACACGCACAGCUUCGACGAGUAUCGGUAUGGAUUGCUGCAUUGUCCCGAUCGGGGCAUACUGGACCGAAAGGCAAAGAGCUUCGAGGAACGGGAGGAGGAAUACGACAAGGUCAAGAGGAGAAUCUUCAAGAAUCGCGAGGAUGGCAGUUCCGAAGAACACUGGCAGUGGAUGUCGACUGAUAACCCCGAACCACCAAACGGUCGACCUAAGCUUCAAAACAAUCGCCUGCUUAAAGUACAAUCAGUGUCAAUUGAAGGACGAUCGGACGAGCGACCGUGUGUGUCCAAGUCGCACAGCUUCGGUGGCUAUGGAGGUUCAUCGCAAAAUGCUCCGCUACUGCGAGGCGACUCCAUAACGUCUACCAAGAGUGCCAGCGGACGACUAUUCACCAAGCAGGACUCCAACGCCAGUACAAAUACUCCAUGGCGGCUGUCUCCCUCCAGCAGUGGAUCGUACUUCACUUUCAGCUACAAAACUCAAUCGAUUCGAUCCGACUCGGUAACGCCAUCGCCAACCGGUUACGGAAGCGGCGAUCACACGCCGGAACCUUGCAUUCAAUCACCCUCUUCGACGUGCGGCGUUGUCUGGGCGGUCACCGACAUGGCCAGCGUACCGAAGGGAAGUGUACUGAUCGAUCCGCAGACGCUGCAACCGAUCGUCAAUCAGGAUGGCUCCAUUUACCACUUCGACCCGUCGAACCUCCCGGCCACGGCGAACCUUCCCGGUAGCGUACCCAGGGUGCAGAAGAAGAAGUUCGAAAAGCAGAAGUCCUUCAGCAGCCGGAACAAUCUCAACAGUAGCAGUUCGCUCGAAAGCUCCAUUGAUCUGCCGCUGGGCAACAAAAAUGACUGCGGUCAACAGACCACCAUCAACAACAACGCCACUACCACCAUUGCCGAGGAGAUCGGCAGUGAACUCAUCUACGAUGGCUCUACGAGCACGAUUAAGAUUACCACUAAAGAUAGUCACGAUAUUGACGAUUCUAGUCUAUGCGAGGAAAUCUCACAAACUACCAAUGAGCUUGGUACACUUAAGCUGCAGAAACACCAAGCAACCAGUCCAAUGCUGCAGGCCAGCGAACUGCAGCCCUUGGAGCUGAAUGAGAUUCAGCUCAACGCCAACCAUGAGCAUGGUGCAUUAUCGGAAGCCGUUACUCCAUUGGUGGGCGAUCCUGAAACAGGUUGCGGCACCCUGAUGGUAGUAGCGGUAAACAGUGAUACUAGUAGUGUCAAACACGAUAACCAACCGGAGCAUCAACAGCACGGCCUAGCCAGCGACGAUGCCAACGAUGCCAACAGCGAGCACUCCCAGGAGGCGGACAAAAAAGACGAAACGGGCGGCAAGAUGAACGCGGUACAGACAGUUCCUUUGGUAAGUUACUCCAACUCGGCGACACCCAACAGCGCGUACACGGUCAACUACGAGAACGGUAGCGGCACUCCGGGCGGCGUCGGCACUACCGUUUACGCUUCCGGAGCGCCGGGAAUGUCGACGACAUAUCAGACAGCGCCGGACGGCACUAUCUACGCUGUACCUUCACCACUAGUUUAUACAUAUCCUUCGGCAAUGGAUCCGGAGAUGUCCGGAUAUUUUGUUCCUGUCUACGAUCAGCAGCGUGAUCCGAGCAUGUGCACCGCUGCCGGUACACCGGUGUACCAAGCAGCUGCGGCCGCUGCCGGCGCGGCGUCUACAGUAUUACCGAUAGCGUACACUCCAACGGCGGCUUACAGCGGCGCCCCCCUCUACCAGAAUCCUACGGCGGUCAUGUACUCGUCGGAACAAUUCCCAACUGCGGCCCAAGCAACAGCCGCUGCUGCCGCCGCAGCUUCGGCCGGUCCUCUUCCACAGUAUCCAAUCGGGUAUCCUAUUGGUAUUGGCUAUCCCUUCAACAGUACAGCUUAUCAAAACUACUGGAAUCAACCGAUCACCUAUUACGUCCCUCAAACGCCGGUUCCCUCUGCGGGAAGCACGCCGAUCAUCAUGCCUCCUCCGCAGACGCCGACGAAUAGCAGCAUGAUGUCAGCAACUUCCAUGCAUGGAAAACGGAACACCACGCCCCCCAAUCACGGCCAACAGUCCCAGAAUCAAGGGCAGAGCGCAUCCGUAACACCGGUACCGAUUUCUCCAUUCGCUACCAACAUACCGAUGCCGUUGCCCGAUCCGAACGCCGGCCCCAUGUACGCAAUUCCUCAGCCUAUCUACUCCAACAUGCUUCCAUUUACUGGUCCUAUGAAUCCGCACCCUCAUCACCCGUCGGCAGGCGCAGGUGGUGGCGGGACAAUCGUCAACUCAGUACUUCCCACUGCCACUGCAGCUGCUGCCAUCGGUUACCAUCAUCAUCCACAUUCUCAGUCCAACCAGGGCACCAACAUGGACUCGCUGCCCUCCAGUAAUGGAUCGGCCAGCAACAUCUACUCGAACCCUAGUCAGAACAAUGCCCAAACGCCUCAGUCUACGCCAAGCACGCCCUUGUCAUUGCCUCUCUCGUUACCUCCCCAUGGCAAGAAUCCACCGCUCUUUGCCACUCCUCCCAUUCUUCCCAAUGGCUACAACCCUCAAAUGGGGUCCGCUUCCGGUGGCGGAAGUGGUGCUGGUGCUGGUCAUCAUCACUAUAACCCUAGCCAUUCAUACGAAGAUCGCAAAAGCAGCGGAUCCAGCGGCGGUUAUCAAGGAAAGCGCUCGAAUGCAAAUAGCGGCAACUAUUUCAACUACAGCAACAAUAAUAACAGUCGCCAAAUGACGCCCAACAGCGUGGGUGGCGGUGGAAGCGGUGCCAGCAACUACCAGAACCAAGGCAAUUCUGGAACCAACGGCGGUCCCAAGAGCUACACAAACUCGAACAAUACAGGGAACAAUCAAAAUUCUAACACCGGUGGCCCACUGAUGCUGGGACAGCCCCCGAAGGGCCGAUCGGAGGGCCAGACAACCGUGACCAAGCCGCCACUGAUACCAACAUUACCAAACAACAAUAACAAUAGCACUAGCAGUAAUACCAACCCUAGCGAUAAGACACGCAUCAACCGUUCAUCAAAGCCACCCAAUCUAGACUUAAAGCGAAGCUACAACAACAAUUUUAACGUAAACAGUAGAAAUACGCCGAGCACAAACUCAACGGAAAGUAACAACUCACCAAACAGUAUUACAUCGUCAUCGGUGCACGAGCAUCACCCGUCGCAGCAUCACCAUCACCACCAUCCGCAGUCGCAGUCGCACCAUCCCUUCGGGCACGGUACCAGCGGCAGUGCUGCCGGGUCGCACCAUGCAUACUAUCCGCCACAGCAGCAGCAGCAACAACCGGCCUACUACCAUCACAGCCAACAGCGGGGCGGUAGCGUUGGUAGCAACAAUGGCGGUGGCGGCGGCGGUGCCGGUGGUGCCAAUGUCAACGCUUCAGCUGGUGGUGCAGCCAUGUCAUCCAGUGCCACCAUCCAGUCGGCGGCGGCAGUUGCAGCGGCCGCGUGCGCUGCGGCAGCCAUCGAGCCGUACCACCACUCGCAGCUGAUUCCGCUGAAUGCCACCGGGAUGUCCUACGUCAAGAUCGGGCAGACCUACUUUACGCAUCCCUCCUUGGCGUUGCCUCCGAGUCGCCGGUCGCCUCCUAAUGACAUACGUCCAAUCGCUGGAGUCUAUCCGGCCAUGAACAUGGUGAUGCCAGCAUCACGACAGUUCACACCACGACCUCAGCACAGCGGUGGCUACAAGGGCAACAAGGCGCCAAGAUAAAAAGCUUGCUAAUAUUCCGUAAGUAUGGAGAAAGCAGACAGCACUCUAAGCAACAAGUAUAGCAUACGAAUAUUAAAACUAAAGAAACUGCACUAUUUAAGAAACGCUAAUCACACCAUGGAUGGAUUAGAAUCACUCACACAACCAUAGACAAACAAAAAAACGAAAACACAACCAAAAAAAACGCGUAUCUGCGGCGGUUGUUAGGACCAUUUCCCGUCCGACGGAAGUCAUCUGAAGCCGGAUGGAGAACGUGAAGUCGUUUUUCUAAAGACUCGGAAAGUCCUAAGAAAUGGUUACCGCGGGAGAAGAGAAGAAGGAGGAUCUAGCGAGAACAAGAACAAUCGCCCGUGGAGAGAAAAUGCCAUUUAUUUUAUUACCGAUAAAAAUUAUUAAUAUAUACAUAUGUAUGAUUAUGAUUACCACAUUACAUAAACAGUGAAAGCAACACUAGAGAAAAAAUAAAAUAAAAAAAUAUGAUACCAGUUAAUAACUGAUAGAAACCUAAAACUUAAAGCAACAAAAAAUCAGAGUGAAUAAAACAAAACAAAAAAAAACAUAAAAGUAGCAAACGCUCUACCAGUGAUUCAAUCAACGCUAUGCGGAUUAUUUCUAAAAUAAUUUUUAAACGCGGGAUGAAGACGAAAAGAAGACAACGCGAAGAGCAAAACAAGCACAAAAAAAAACUUCUGAAACAGUGAUCAACAAACAAAAAAGAAAAGAAAGUAAGCAAGAAGCGGAAUACCAGUUGCUAGAUUGGAUUGUUGAAUAGGUGGAUAAGGAGGAAACG